AUGUGGAAGAGCCUCAUUUCCAGCGGCCGACAGGCACGACCAAACCGCCCCUCCCACUCUGCCGCAAUCCUACCCCGGCCAGCCGCCGUAUCCCGCAACUUCAUUGCCGCUCCUCGCCUAUACAAGCAAGGGGCCGAUACUAGAGAUUUUGACCGCGAAGCGCUCGAUCCACAUCCAUCAGAAGCGACCAAAACCGGCACCGAUGAUCAAAUUGCCCAACACGACUCUGCAUUUGAUCCCUCUAAUACAUCUCCCGAGAGCGAGCUGGAGGCGGCUGAGCAAGAGGCCAAAACGAAGGGGAGACAGGGAACGUUGAACGUGAGUGGUGCUAAUAAGGCAGCCAAUACCUGGCGAGGGCCGCAGGAAGGAGGGCCAGCAAGGAAUGCGGAUAAGGAAGAGACGAGCAAAAGAGGGCACCCGAAUAAGCGUCGCAGGGUUGAAGUGAAAGAGGAUGGUACUCAUGUUUUUAGUCGGUGA